CUCACAAACACUCGCUGCCAUCUUCAAUAAUUCACUAUGAAGUACACCCUCGCAACUUUGGCUCUUGGUGGCCUCGCAUCCGCCGCAGGAAUCCCAAGAGAUACCUGCUCAUGCAAGUUCACUAUCACAGCAUCUGGAGGACAAUCUGGUGUUGUUGGUCAACUGAGUGACGGACAAAACCGUAUCGGAGGAGGCAAUCCCACUGGCGAGUACUGCAUCAACAACGGACAGAUCACCGAUUCCCAAGGCCGAGGAUGUAUCCUCACCCCUCCCACUACACAAUUCCAGUGCGAUACUGGAGCGACUCCAACUAGUGGCUUCUCCCUUGGCAGCAAUGGACAAGUGGAGUACAAUGGAUCCCAGACAUUCUACGCUUGCCCAGCCUCCGAUACCAUGUACAAUAUCUAUACAACGCCUGUCUCUGGCCAGACCAAGUGUGUUGAGGUACAACUCACUGCUAGCGGAUGCUAUGCUCAAUCUUCGUCCGCCCAAAGCAUGCCAGCUACGACAAUGAAGACCUCCAUGCAAAUGACACAGCCUCACACUACCACUGUUGUGAAGACUGUUCAAUCAUCUUGCCCCGCUCCCCAGACUGCUACCGUUACCCAAGUCAAGACAGCUGAAGCUUCUUGCCCUGCUCCACAAACAUCAACCGUCACACAGACAGUUGUGAAGACUGCUCAGGCCACUUGCCCAGCACCUUCAACAGUCACUGUCACUCAACCCGCUGCAACUCAACCAGCUUCAUCGAAGCCAGCCUCUUCCAAGCCGGCUUCUUCUCAACCAGCUAGCCAACCCGCAUCAUCAAUGGCAUCCAGCACUGCUCCAGCUACGACUCCCUCAAGCACCGGCAAGACCUGCCCCACCAACCUCAGUGGUGCAUACCAAUACCCCCACCUGAUUAUCCCAGUCAGCAAGAGCCAGCCCAACAAAGCCUGCGGCACCUCCUACGACGGAACAAUCACCUCAGACAUCUCCUCUAUCUUCAACUUCGACAUCCCAGCUUCCUACACGGGCACCUGCUCCCUCGUUUUCCUCUUCCCCACACAAGCCGAACUCCAGACCUCGUCCUACACCUUCUCCGGCAAUGGCGAGUUUGACUUCGCUCAAUUAAACACCGUUGCCACUCAAAGCACCGACUACGCCAACAUGGGCUCUGUCAAGACCGACUUCGGCACCAAGACUGCUACUCCUGGCUCUUCUGUUGUUGUCAGCACGUUCGCUUGCCCUGCCGGUCAAGCUGUCUCGUAUGAGAUUAGCUCGGUUUCUGGAAGCAGCUUGACUUAUUUCCAGGACUACAACCCUUCUCCUAUUGGCUUGUACAUCACUUCCUGCUAAGUGCAGUCUUGAAUCAAGAAAGAUUCUGAGUAUAGAAUGUUAAGAUGUUUUAAUCGUGUAUCAUAAUUCUCUGUUCAGCUUCCUUAGGAGGGAAAUGGACAUACUUUACCCACUUUCAUUAACGAGACACACGAUUUUGAGCAUCAUCAAAAGUUGUAGAUAGUAUAGAG